AUGGUGAAGCGCGGCUUCACCAGCACCACCGAGCGCGACGAGAACGUCGGGAAGCCCGUUUGGGUAAAGUGGAUCGAGCCACGCGGCAAGCAGAAGCACUACCACAAGGGCGAGGUUGAGUCUUUCGACGCCGCGACCCGGAUGCACACCAUCUUCUACGAGGAUGGAGAGAGGGUUCCCACGCGACUCGCGGAGCAGGAGGCCGCCGGGCUGCUCUCGUGGCACGCGCCCGGGUCAGCGGCGAAGACGCAGCCAGCGCCCGGCUCAGCGGCGAAGGAGCAGCCGGCGCGCAAAGCGGUGGCCGAGCCCGCGACGGGCCGCAAGCGGCGCCGCCAGUCGGACGCGUCUCCUCCCGCGCCCGAGCCCGCACCGAAAGUCGAGCCCGCCGCGGCGCCGGACGGCGAGUCCAAGUCGGCGUACGAGCUCGAGCGCGAGCGCAACAUCGCCCAGAACCAGGCGGCGCUUGCGGCGCUCGGGCUCGACGGCCCCUCCCUCACGCGGCGGCCUCCGCCUAGUCCCGAGGAGCUGGCCGCUCGGGCAGAGCGGGCGGCGCAGCUGGCGGCCGAGCGGGCGGCGCGGCUGCAGGAGGCGUUCGAGAACCGUCGCGCCUCCUCGCGGAUCGCCACCCGCCCGCCGCCCGCCGCCGCCCGCUCUGCCGACCGCUCGCUCGACCGCGCAGAGGCGGAGGCGGACCGGCUGAGGCGGCAGUCGCGGCGCAGGCCGGCGGCGGCAAAGGGGCGUGGAGGCAAGGCGGCGCCGGCGCUGACGGCGGCGCAGCUGGCCUCGCUCAGCGCGGCGGACGAGUGGCUGUGCGAGAUGGAGGAGUGGCUCUCUCCAAAGGUGUCGGACGCCAACCUGCGCAACGUGAUGAAGGUGGUCGGGAACCUCGCGAGCGGCGCCGGGGUCGUCCACCCGCUCACCGGCGCGCGCUUCCGGGAGGGCGAGCCCGUCUCCCCGUCGACCGACUUCGUCGCCCUCCGCGCCGAGGCAAACUCGUUCCUGCGGCCGGAGGACGACGCCGGGCACGGCUGGCGACUCGACCACCCGAUCGGCAAGUGCAUCCUCUUCCAGCACCACCUCCACGCCUCGCGGCGCUGA